CUGCCGUUCUACGCCCGCGUCCACUGUCACAGUCCUGCACGUUGUUCCAAGAGCAGCGGAAAAUGAAUCAGCCUCUGGCCACCCACACAGGAAACCCUGGAUGAGCGGAGGGUCAUCCCAGUGCCGUCGUCUGGCCACAUGAGGAAAGCAGAGAGAAGCUCCAUAAUGACAAGGGCCGUCUCCAGGCUCCAUCCUAGAAACUGGAUCGCUCUCUGUGGAGCAGCUCAACACCAACAAGAUGACAGUGGCCUGAGAGCAUUUCCCACGAAAACGAUCUUUGUUCACAAUUUACAUACAUCACUCCAAAGGAUGAACUGACCCUUUUAUUCACUCUUCCACAUCGAGCUGCAAACCCAUCAGAGGGAACCAUGUGAUCGUUGUAGCCACCAGCUGACCCCACAGCCACCUUGUGCCUCCCUUGGACCCACCCAAGCAUUUCUGAGCCUUCUUUAUGGUGCAUUUUAGAAAGAUGGCAGAGAUGAGAGUUCCUGAGAAGACCAGAAAGGACAUUUGCAUCUCAAAGAUACAGAUCAGUGCCCUACAGCAAGGCUACAACCAGGUGCUGUGCCAGACCCUGCCUGAGAGAAACUUAGAAAUCACCUCCCUGAAGCACGAGGCCAAGAACUUAAGGAGGGAGACCGCCAUCACGUCAGAGAUGGUGUCAUCUUUGCAAAGAGAUGUGUUAGUAAAGGAUGGUCAAGUUCAACAACUACAACAGGAGGUGAAUCAACUGAAAAGUGAGAACAAAGAAAAGGAUCACCAGCUCGAAGCCCUCAGCUCCAGAUGCUCAGUGCUGAAAGAAGAGUUACAGAAGGAAGAUGCCCAGAAGGAGAACUGGGAAGCCCAAGAGAAAGAGUUAAAACUCUGCAAAACCCAAAUCCAUGACAUGGAAAAAGAAAUGAGGAAGCUCAGGGUGGAGCUGAAAAGGAGCAGUACCGAGGAGAGCCUGAUCUCUAUGACGCUGCGGGAAAAGAGCAAGAUGAAGAUCAACAGUUCUCGGGAAACUCAGCAGUAUUUGCUGCAAGAAGAGUUACGGCAGCAUCUGGCAGAGAAGGAGAAGCUGACCGAGGAAAGGCUACAGCAAGAGGAGAAGCUGAAAGCCAGAGUCAAGCGGCUAAUGGCAGAGAAAUCGGUUGGAGCCAGAAAAGGCACCCCAAAGAUGGACCAAGGAAGGGAGAUGCUGAAGAGAGAAAUGUCCAGCAAAUCCAGCCAGAGCCUUCUGUUUUCUAAACCUGGUGGAAGGAACUAGAAACGUCAUCCCGCUGGGCCUCGCGUGAUCCUCCGUGAGUCAGUGUAACUCUUCUGCGUCAAACUACUAAGAUGCUUUUUUAGGACAUUAAAGGUUGCUACCCUAGUGUGUUGCUUCCUAGACUGGUAUUUUGCACAAUACUGUAUUUUGGAGUGUGUGAGGAGAGGGGUUCUUUUCACAGAUAUUAUGAAUGUAAACAUACACAGGCGUAUGAAGAAUAAGUUUGAAGUUCAGACUCCUAGGCCUGGUAGAUGCAAUUAUGUGUUUGGGUAGUGACAAACCCAAAUGUCACACCUCCAAGGAGCUCUGAGAAGCCCGCAGUUGAGAAAACCCAGGGCGUGUACUGGGGCCACAGGACAGAAUGGUAACCUCAGGGCUGUUGGGGCCAUGGUAUAGUGCAUUUAUAUCUGAAUUGAUUAUAAUAAAUGUGAACAGCAACCAGUUUUAUCGCUUCCAUAACAGUGAGUCAUGUUUAUAUGGCGCUCUGCGGUGUUCAAAACACUUCUCAUCUAAUCCUCUCUCAAGCCCUGGGAGGUAAAUAGCAUUAUGUUCCCCAUUUUACAAAUGAGGAAGCUGAGGCCCAGAGAGGUUAAAUGGCCCGUCUAAAGUCACACAGCUAGUAAAUUCAAGAAUUGAGUCUGGAACCCAGGUUUCUAACUCCAUCUCACGCUGCCCAUUCUGCCGCACCAAGACAGCCCAGUAGGUCAAGUCCCAGGCCAUCAGGACAGACCAAGUACCCAGUCAUCAAAGAACACACACUGCCCAGGUGGACACACCCCUUUCCCAUGGUGUUUGAAGAGACCCUCAUUUUUGCCUUCUCUCCAGCCAUCUGUUCUCUCCCUGCCUUUCUUGUACGGCCAGAGACCACCAAACAAAACAGGAGGAAGAGCCAGAAGCCAUGAAUAUCAUUUAUUUUUUAUUUUUAAAAAGGCACAAUAAAAGUAUUUUGAUAUUUUAAAACC